AUGGGCUUAUUCGUUGUCUGGCUCUUUGCCAAAGAUCCUAUCGUACUUCGUGGACUUAACAAAUAUGUUAAAUUCCGUACGAAACUGGCCCUGGCAGAUGCUCGAAUUCAGUUUAUUGACGAUUGUGUUACCAAUUCGGAAUAUCCAAAACAUUAUUGGACAGUUUUGAGGAGAAACCGUGUGAACAUCACUAGUGUGACACUAAGGCGUCAAGCUCUCAAUGAGCGGGAUACUCUGUGCAAUCAUCUUGUGGAUUUAAAUCGCAAUUGUGUAACAUCUGAGCGUGUGUUGAAUAAUCUCUCCCCGACUGAAAGGCAACAAUUUGAGGAUUAUGCGCAGUCUAUUGUUUCCAAACAGGUGGAACGAAGCCGAAACACGUUGCGUCUGCGACUUAAUCCUAUCAAGCCAGUGGGUGAGUUCCCUACCAAUCCGGAACACUAUGUUCACAAUCUAUCAAGCAUAAAUUUGGACAAAAUGCUGUUAGAAGUGUUAUCUCUGGGACCAAAGUUUUGUUGUCCGAAUCGGAGAUCGAACCAAUUGUAUAUGGAGGAGGAAUUUGAAAACUUAUAUGCGCAACUUUUUGACCUGGUUCCUUCUUCAUCAUUGGAGUUGGAAAGGCUCAAAUCGACCUUGGUAAAUGCUUGCUACCAGCACCAGAAUGUCAAGCUAAAUACAAAUGGAAUAGUAACUACAGAACAUAUCAGACGAUUACGAGAACUUCAGAAAAAUAAAGAUGUUAUACUAUCCAGACCGGAUAAAGGGACGGGGAUCGUACUGCUAAAUCGAACGGACUACAUAGACAAGAUGAAUACCGUACUGGGUGAUCGGUCGAAAUUCACUAAGUUGACGGAAAAGGAUAAGACGGCUCAAAUAGAAGGGGCGCUUUCCAAGAUUUUGCGAUGCUUAAAGCAGAGAGGAGUCAUUGAUGCAUCCCUUUUCGAACGUAUUAGGCCAACUGGGACUGUUAUUCCGAGGUUGUAUGGAUUGCCAAAAGUACACAAAGAUGGAGUGCCAUUACGACCAAUUUUGGAUAUGUGCAACUCACCAUAUCAUGCCUUGGCAAAGUGGUUGGCCAAAUUGUUGGAACCCGUUCGAGUUAGUUUGGCAAAACACUGUGUCAAAGAUACAUUUACUUUUGUGGACAAAAUUCGUGACAUAAACUUGAUCGAUCGAACAAUGCUCUCGCUAGACGUCANCGGAUAA